UAGGUGCGUAGAUGGAACCUAAAAAAAUUCUGUAAUGGGGCCUUGCCUUUGUUACCGCGGCGGUUCAGAGAUAACCACACACUUAAAGGAACUCAAAACACUUCAGUGAAGAUUGACCACAUGCCAGAGACAGUGAUGGGAGUGCAAAUAUAAGUGUAAGUAGCAUGGUCAAUGCAGGAGCGAUGAGUGGCUCUGGAAACCUGAUGGAUUUCCUUGACGAGCCGUUCCCUGAUGUGGGGACGUAUGAGGACUUCCACACCAUCGACUGGCUGAGGGAGAAGUCACGGGACACCGACAGACACAGAAAGAUAACCAGCAAAAGCAAGUCGUCCAUAUGGGAGUUCAUCAAGAGCUUGCUGGACGCCUGGUCGGGAUGGGCGGUGAUGCUGCUCAUCGGCCUGCUGGCAGGCACCCUGGCCAGGGUCAUCGAUCUCGCCGUCGACUGGAUGACAGACCUGAAGGAGGGCAUCUGCCUGUCCGCCUUCUGGUACACCCAUGAGCAGUGCUGCUGGACUUCCAAUGAGACCACGUUUGAGGACAGGGACAGGUGUCCCCUGUGGCAGAAGUGGUCGGAGCUGCUGGUGAAACAGUCGGAGGGUGCCAGCGCUUACAUUCUGAAUUACCUAAUGUACAUCCUGUGGGCGUUGCUGUUUGCAUUUUUGGCCGUCUCCCUGGUACGAGUAUUUGCACCAUACACCUGUGGCUCUGGUAUACCCGAGAUAAAGACCAUCUUGAGGGGCUUCAUCAUCAGGGGCUACUGGGGCAAGUGGACCCUGCUGAUCAAGACUGUCACCCUGGUGCUGGUGGUGUCCUCGGGCCUGAGCCUUGGCAAGGAAGGGCCGCUGGUGCACGUGGCAUGCUGCUGUGGCAACUUCUUCAGCAGCCUCUUCUCCAAGUACAGCAAGAACGAGGGCAAGAGGCGCGAGGUGCUGUCAGCUGCGGCCGCUGCUGGGGUCUCUGUCGCCUUUGGUGCUCCGAUCGGGGGUGUGCUUUUCAGUCUGGAAGAGGUCAGCUACUACUUUCCCUUAAAGACCUUGUGGCGGUCCUUUUUUGCGGCCCUGGUGGCAGCCUUCACGCUGCGAUCCAUCGAUCCCUUUGGGAACGGCCGCCUCGUCCUCUUCUACGUGGAGUAUCACACGCCCUGGUACAUGGCCGAGCUCUUCCCCUUCAUCCUGCUUGGGGUCUUCGGGGGCUUGUGGGGAACCCUCUUCAUCCGCUGCAACAUCGCCUGGUGCAGGAGGCGCAAAACCACCAAGCUGGGGAAGUACCCGGUGCUGGAGGUCAUUGCGGUGACCGCCAUCACUGCCAUCGUCGCCUACCCCAACCCCUACACGCGCCGCAGCACGAGCGAGCUCAUAUCCGAGCUCUUCAAUGACUGCGGGGCCCUCGAGUCCUCCCAGCUCUGUGACUACAUAAAUGACCCCAACAUGACGCGACCCGUGGACGACAUCCCCGACCGCCCGGCCGGGGUCGGGGUUUACACGGCCAUGUGGCAGCUGGCCCUGGCGCUGAUCUUCAAAAUCGUCAUUACCAUAUUUACCUUUGGCAUGAAGAUCCCGUCCGGUCUCUUCAUCCCCAGCAUGGCUGUGGGGGCCAUGGCAGGCAGGAUGGUGGGAAUUGGCGUGGAGCAACUGGCUUACCAUCACCACGACUGGAUCAUCUUUAGGAAUUGGUGCAGGCCCGGAGCAGACUGCGUCACCCCAGGGCUCUAUGCCAUGGUGGGAGCUGCCGCCUGCCUAGGUGGAGUUACCAGGAUGACGGUGUCAUUGGUGAUCAUCGUGUUUGAAUGGACGGGUGGUCUCGAGUACAUCGUGCUCAUGAUGGCGGCAGCCGUGACCAGCAAGUGGGUGGCUGAUGCCUUUGGGAAGGAAGGCAUCUACGAGGCCCACAUCCACUUAAAUGGGUACCCGUUCCUGGACGUGAAGGACGAGUUCACCCACCGCACGCUGGCCACUGACGUCAUGCGGCCAAGGCGGGGGGAGCCGCCGCUGUCCGUGCUCACCCAGGGCAGCAUGACCGUCGAGGACGUGGAGACGCUCAUCAAGGAGACCAACUACAACGGCUUCCCCGUGGUCGUCUCCAGGGACUCGGAGCGCCUCAUCGGGUUCGCCCAGAGGAGGGAGCUGAUUCCCGCCAUAAAGAACGCCAGACAGAGGCAGGAGGGCAUCGUGAGCGACUCGGUCAUGUACUUCACCGAGGAGCCCCCUGAGCUGCCAGCCAACAGCCCGCAGCCCCUGAAGCUGCGGCGCCUCCUGAACCUCAGCCCUUUCACCGUCACGGACCACACCCCCAUGGAGACAGUGGUGGACAUCUUCCGGAAGCUGGGGCUCCGUCAGUGCCUGGUGACGCGGAGCGGAUCCGAUUUUGAUUCUUAUUGUGUUUGGAACUACUUGAUCAAGAUCAUAUAGGUCUCCCUUUUAAAACAGGUAAAAGGAAGAACCAGAGCAUCUGUCAUGGUGGUGGGCAGCACAGCUCUUACCCGUCUUUGCUGAUGUUGUCCUCAGUGUGCCUGGCCGUGAUGGAGAGGAACUGCAGCAGCCGGUGAAGCAUGUCACAAUUGCAGGGAGGUAGAAGGUAUAUGAGGAGCUGCAAGGUGGCCAGCUCUUCCUCAGGCUCCAACACUAAGCAAAGCAAAAAGAGGCGCUUCAAGUAAGUCAAAGGGGGACGUCAUGCCCUUCAUGCUCAACUGCCUUCAGAAAAGGAUUAGCAAGGCAGAUCACAUUUCAUUCCUUCACCCACUCUCCCAUUGCUUUAACAAUUUAACAGUAAGGUUCUAUGAGAGAUAGAAAGAUAAAAUCGACCUGGGGAAAUGUAACAUCCAGAGAAAUCAUUAUAAUCCAGCUUAGAAAGGUAACUUCAUGUCCCUUAUUUUCUUCUCACUCCUUUCCCUGGUAUAAAUCAUCACAUAUUUUAUGGAUCACAGUCAUCCAUGGUUGUUAACUAUUUGCUAACAAUGACUGAGAACCUGUGAAUGUUCUUAAAUUUGAGUUCAGAGCACAUUUGAGGCCGUUGUCUGUUGAGCAAUAUAUGAGGUAUACUUUUUGUUGGCAAUAAUCAAGAUACGGCCCAAUGUCAGUGUCUUCUCUCUCUUUUGUGAUCUUAACUGUAGCAUGGAUGAAGAAAUUCAUGGAGGCUGAAACAGUUCUGAUUGUUCCUCCUCCCUCUCCUUGUCCUUUUCCCCUGUGUGGGAUCUGUGUCUCUAGACCUGAAGCAGCCACACUGGAAGUUCUGACACUGGGCUAUGCCAUCCUGAUUUCCCUGGAAUGUUUCCUGCCCCCCUUUCUCACUCUAGGUUCCAGAAAUGCAAACUCAAUUUUAGGCACAGACUCAGUGUGAACUCUGUCUGUUACUCCAAAUCAUCAAUUUAUAGCAAUCCCUAGUAUCCUAGAGUCGUUUAAAGGCAUCCCAAAUUUUUCUUGGUUACUUCCACUUGUUUUAUUGCAACUUUCUUCUUGCUAAUUCUCCCUAGGAUAAGUCUCAGAAAAUUUCCCCAAUAGCCCGAUCAUUAAAGACCAAUAAAUACGGUGAAAAGUUAUUAGGAAACACAUGUACCAGGUUUGAUGAGUGAAUUGGACAUCCCAGUAACCCAGGGACUCAUUUCUUCAAAUCACUGGAUUUUGCACAGAGAGUAUUGAUGAAAGCUGUAUACAGAUCCCUGGUGAGAAGGGGAUCCAACAAGAAGUCUUUCAGCAAGGCCACCACAUUGUGAACACUGUGAUGUUUCUCCAGAGAGAUAUCGAAGAGCAAAGAAGUGCAAUGACAAACAGCAUCUGGUAUUUAGUUAACCCAGACUCUGAGAAAGAGGAGCAAACAUGUUGUUUUCAUCUAUAGAGUCUAUGCAACCCAGUCAUGAACAUAUAUAUUUAAAAAUGCAUUAUUAAAUAAACGUACCUCUGGGUUUAGUGUUAAUUAUGCAAGCAGUUGGUCUCUAAAGCAAUAUCCAGAAGAUUGAGAGGAAGAACUAGGGAAUGGAAUAGAACUUAAGUUAAUUAUAAAUAUGGGCGGUGGGGGGCAGAGUAAUCCAGUACACAGCAGUUCUACAUGUCAGCAAUUCUGCCAUGGUGGAAUCUUGUCAUUUUACAGAGGUAUUUGACAAUAAAGAAGAGACUUUUUUCUGCAAAAGAUAAAAUUCAAGACCACAAUAUUUAUUUUCAAUGAAAUCUUAAAAGACCAAUACCUAAGUAAAAUCUGAUGUAGAUUUUUCAGAGUAGCCAUUAAAUUAACAAUUUCCACAAGAAUUCCCUACCUUAAUCAAUAGAACAUGUCUAUUAUCAUUUAUAUCAGGAGGAACAUACAAUGGCAAUAAACAGAAUAGUAAUAACUCAACACUCACCUUUAAUCCUUGAAUACUCAACUUAUUUUAUAUUUUGUUCUUUGCGUUAGAAAAGAUUGUAUGAGUUAAUCAAAAUAGUCGAUGUAGUAAACUUGUAUAAUAAUUUAUUUAUCACCUCUACACCUGAUAAAAAUACCCAUUACUGCCCCAAAUACUCACUGAUGUAAAAGAGUUUCCAAUAGCAUACAUCAGCCAUUCAGACCAAAGGCUUCAAUUUGUAUCACUCCUAUCUGUGAUCAUUCAAAUAUACCACGUUUUUUGGUUUUUUUCUGAGCAUACAAACAUGCAGGAAAAAUGAACCAUGGAAAGAUGAACAUUUCUUGUAUUUUCUCCAUUCUAUUUCCAAGAUUUGGAUCAACUUUACUGUCAUUACCAUGAACUGUUUUUCAGGUAGGCUGCUUAUUUCCUCCUUAUUUGUUUGAUCUGGUGGGUUUUUACCUUGCUUCUUUAUCUGCUGCAUAUUUAUGUCUUCCUAUUUUGCUUAACUUACUGUGUUUUGGUUCUCCUUUUCACAGUCUGCACGUUCAUAAUUCCCAUUGGUUUUGGUGUCUGCCUCCACUGGCUAAGGUUAAUUUAGUGGCUUGUAAUUCAGUUCCUGUGUAGCCAAGUUUACAUUCCGUGUAUUAGUGAUAUCUUAUGAUGUUUCUUUUUCUGUGUGAGUUAUUUCAGUUAGAAUCAUCAUACCUGAAUCCACUCAGAGUGACUCGUUAAAUUGUGUGAUAUUGAGUUGCUUCCUAACUUCUUGUUAAGUUUCUUAAGCGUCAAAAGACAUGGGUAACAGGGGUUUCUUUCACAGCUGGUGGACAGAUUCAAUGAAAUAAUGCAUAUGAAAAUAUUCUGCAAUUCUGCACAGCUUUCAAGUUGGAAUAUUUUAGGUUUAGAGAUCUACAAGUAAGCGCACAAAGACUGUUGACUUUUCUUCCUUGAAACUGUGGAAGAAGUAGACAUAGAACACAAUACCACUAGAGCAAUAUAGCAUGCAGAGCAACAUGGUCUUGAACUGAGCCUGUAAUACCUCUGAGUUGCUAAAAAUUCAUGAUACAAGGAUUUUUAGUUAUACAGCACACAUUUUUCCUUCAGAAUAUGACUGGUUGUUAUAGAUGCUGUGAAUAAUAUAAAUUGAGUUCAUACCUGCAAGAAAUCUAAGAGAUCAGGCAUCCUUGACUUUCAGAAACUUUUUCUGAGUACAUUCAAAGAACCAUCGGACUUCCCUGGUGGUGCAGCAGUUGAGAGUGUGCCUGCCGAUGCAGGGGACAUGGGCUCGUGCCCAGGCCCAGGAAGAUCCCACAUGCCGCGGAGCGUCUAGGCCUGUGAGCCAUGGCCACUGAGCCUGCACGUCCGGAGCCUGUGCUCUGCAAUGGAAGAGGCCACAACAGUGAGAGGCCUGCGUACUGCAAAUAAAUAAAUAAAUAGAACCAUCAACUAAAUGUUUCUUUCCCACAUUUUUUCUCCUUAAUUCAUAAAAAAAACAGCCUUAGAAUAUCAACAAUCAUAUUGUGGUUCCUAUAUCAGCAUUAUGACAUUAUAUUGACUUUCUAUAAAAAAAGAAGUUUAAGAUUUUUUCUACUUAACAGUUUUCAAAGUGAUGCUGUAAUUUGGGACAUGACGCAAUGUGCAUUUCUUAGGAUGUUUGGGUUUUGCUUCCUAUUCCAUAUGUGUAAUUUGUAGAGAAAUUGCAAAGUAGCACCUAACAAGAGGAAAAUGCCAUUGACUAAAGAUGGAAUCUUUUGGGUAAAAAUCAUUCCACAUUUAUGGAAGAAUAAAAGAAGAGUAGAAUCAAAAA